AUGACCACUAAAUCAAAUUAUAUCCUUGGAGACUAUUUUAUUAAAGCACUAGGAAACUUAAUCAACUUCAGGAAGUACAAUCAAUUUAGAAGAGAUCUUCUCACAAUAUGGCAUGAAGCCAUAUAUGGUAUCAAAAUAAAUAUUGGAUUGAUCCAAAAACAGGCUAUAACUGUUUCAUGUAAUGUGCUCAUUGACGAAGCUGAACUCAUAAGAGUCUGCCAGCUUGAGAUUCAUGGAAAAUUUGACAUAUCAAAUCUCUUGCCGCGAGUCAUGUAUGAAGUUGCAUUCGUGGUGAAGUUGAAAGAAGCCUCCAAUGGAAGGGAUGUUCCAAUAAACUUCAAACUCAUUCUCCCUGAUGGAACCAAGCAGGAACAUAAAAAACUUUUGAUUUCCAAGCCUAAAGGACAGUGGAUGGAACUUCUGGUAGGUGAGUUCUGGACAUGUCAAGAUAUGGAUGGAGACUUGCAAUUCAAUCUCUUUGGAUACAAGGACGCGCACUGGAAGAGUGGCCUUGUCAUCAAGGGUGUUAUUAUUCGAGCAAAGAGUGGCUGCAAUAAUGAACUGUGCUAUAAUCACUGUACACUUAUCAAAAAGGAUCUUUCAAUCACUUGGGGUGACGACCAGCGAUACUGGUGCUGGUACUGUUUGAAUGAACAAGGUAAACAACUUGAUGCUUACUCAUUCUUUCUGACUAGGGAUGAACUUUUUGUUCUACUUAUAAUUUUCAUCUUUGUUCAAUGUGACAUUUUUGUGGAGUUAACUGAACUUUUAAAUGUGUGCUGGCUUGAAGUGAAAGGAAAUUUCAACAUAUCAAAGCUCCCACCAGAAAUUGUGUACGAGGUGGCAUUUGUUGUAAUGCUGAAAGAUCGUUCAUAUGGGUGGGAAGUUCUGGUGACUCUCCGACUUGUUCUCCCUGAUGGAAAAAUGCAGGAACGGAAAGAAUUUCUUGAGUACAAGCCUAAAGGACAAUGGGUGGAGCUUAAACUAGGGGAGUUCAAGAAAUACCUAGGAAAUGCUGGAAUAAUGCAAUUCUCCCUCACUGAAACUCAAACAACCAGGCAUUGGAAGAAAGGGCUUGUCAUCAAGAGUGUUGUUAUUUGGCCAAAGAACUAA